AUGUUGUUCAAGCCGCUUGCUCUCGCGGCCACGGCUGCUGCAUUCCUUCUCGUCCCCGAAGCAUCCGACACGGCCAAACGGGUUGCCAAGGCGCUCCCCGUGCCGCCAGCAGGGCUCUCGAUCCCGCCAACGGCACUCUCGCAGAGCCUGACGGUGCCCUGCCGGCAGUGCAAGCACAAGAACAGCCAGCUGCAGCUGGAUCUGGAGGUGGUGGAUGGGUCGAAGCUGCAGCUCAACGGCUUCGAGCUGUACCCCCACGCGGACCCGUGGAACGGCGACUUGACGGCCGUCGUCAUCAAGGAUGACGGCGAGGAGAAGAAGCAGAGGCUCGGCUACAGCCUGGCCAUCCUGCCCGGGCCCACGGACGAGGAUCUGCAGAUGCAGCUCAUCACGAUUGAGCUGAGGGUCAUCGAGGUUGGCAGUCGAUUUGUCAACGACAUCCCCAUCGUCAGAGUUCAGCUUGUCAAGGCGGAGGAGACCAAGGAGAUUGUCAUCGGCAACAUCUCCUUCAAGGAAACGCCGCAGAGCUGCCGAAGAAUGUGGUGCCGAGCCAGACAAUCGGUCUUGGCCAUUCUCAAGUCCAUCAGAAAGGGCAAGGGCUGUGGCGGCAUUCGGGGCCAUGGGCACAGGAAGCCCGAUUUCAGCAGGGCCGAGGCGGAUAAGCAGAUGGCCGAGCACUUUCGCCAGCAGCGCCAUGGCUGGUGCAGGUUCAUCAAGGACCUCGCCGCGCACAUUGUCCUCCCGGUGCUCAUGGGAAUCACAGCCGGCGUUGGUGUCGCCUUGUUUGCCAUGCUUGUCUGCAGCGUCACCGUCCGCCUGACCCGCACCGUCCUCCGAUCGCGUGCCGGCGCUCGUUUCUGCCCCAAGAUGCAGAACCUGUCGAUGGAGCGCAAGGCCGACUGCGAAAAGCUCGGCCUCAUGGAGGACGGCGAGGCGGCACACGAGGAGCCCCCGCCGCGGUACCGGGACGACGACUCCAGCAGUGGAGCCGAAGCGCACACGAAAGUCGUGUAA